CAAAAAUUUCGCGGGGAAAAAUUGGAAAAUCAACAAAAUAAUAAUAUAAAUUCUUCAAAAGGUCAAAAUUUUUUAAGAUGUUUGGGGAGAAAGCGUUGGAACUUGUGAAAGAAUUAAAGCGUUCUGGAGAUGGCUCGCUUCCUCCUUACAACGAAGACUGUGUGCGACAAGUACUGGAUGAAAUGAAAGCAUUAUUUGAACAAAAUCAGAAAGAUGUCAGUGCUACAGUGGCAGGCGAGGGCGGUCGAAUUGCUGGCGUUCAACUGAGACAUGCGAGCCUCGAACGAAACAAACGCUGUCUUCUAGCUUAUGUAUACAACAGGAUGGAAAAAAUACGCGAUAUGCGGUGGGAUUUUGGUAGUGUUUUGCCUGACGAUGUUAAAAAUAACUUAAACGAGCACGAAUUGAGCUGGUUUGGCAGAUAUAAUCGAAGUUUAGCCAAGUAUAUGAGAUCUGUUGGAAUAGACCUAACUCAGGAUAGCAAACCGCCAAAGUCGCUGUAUAUUGAAGUGCGAUGUUUGGUGGAUUAUGGCGAAUUUGAAACCGAGGAUGGGAAUGUUGUUUUGUUGAAGAAAAACUCGCAGCAUUUACUACAUCGGGCAGAUUGUGAACAUUUAAUAAGACAGGGUAUAUUGGAACAUAUUAUUUGAUGGAGUGGUACUGGGGAGGGGGGGGGGGGUGAUAAACCUGACCCAGAAACAAUAUUAGUGAGGUUUGGAUUUGACUUCCACUACUGCUACCUUUUACUCACUUAGUAUGCAUCUGAUUGGAUAAUCUGGCAGAUUGAACACAUCUCAUUGGUUAAUUAUGGUCCCUUAUAGUAGUUGGAAGUCAAAUUUUGUGUUCAAUUCUACAAAUUGUUUGAUAUGUUUGGCUUUUGAUACUCAAUGAAACAAUUAAUUAAAGGUGAUCUACAGUCUGUAUGUAAACAAAGCCUUUGUUUACAUUUUUGUGUCCAAAAUAUUGAGCUUUAUUCGACAACUAUUUAUAUUUUCAAGCUUCUAGAGUAUAAUAAAUGAUCAAGAAACAACAAUCAGGCUUUUCAAGAACUCAAAACAUAGUUAAACUGUUUGUAUCAUAAAAAGUGGGCUCAUUUGUGCACAUGCGCAGAUCGGACUGUAGAUCACCUUUAAACAUACUAGUCAUUGAACAUUUGAAAAAUGAUUUAAAUCCUAAUUAAAAACAAACCAUGCGACCAUAAAAAUACAUGUUUUGUCUUUUGACCUCUUCAAUUCUUUCCACCCCUUCAGUUCCGAUUCAGGAAGUCAAAUUAGACCUUGCUAUUUAUCUGUUGUAGCCGUAUCUGAUUUGAGCACUGGAUUUAAAUGCUUUGCAUUGAUGUAGCCAGGAUGUUUAGUCUAGGAGGUCAAUAAAAAUGCAAGGAGGGGCUGAAGCAAUUUCUCCCUGCACUAGUUUGAAUAAAGUUUGUUUAUUAUGUG